AUGGUGCUAGUGCGAACGCAAAGGGCGAGAUUAAUCGUUCGCCCGACGCAUCCGCGGCCGACGUCGGCGGCUGUGGAAAAAAUUAAUCAUUUUAACGCUUCAUUGUCGCUCGACGCCCGCACGAUCUCCGCCCCAAUUAUAUCACAAUUAGACACCCGUUUGACGGGCCCCGUUCGAAUUUAUCACGGCCGCGUCUUCGGGCGCCCCGACAAAUAUCACCGGCGGCGCGAGUCGCGUCGUACGACGUGCCGACGUGAAGCAAACGACACGCGAACGCAAUGGAGCGUGCCGUCGCCCCGCAUACGACUUCAGCGAGCGCUUAAUAACUUUACACGUAUCGCGCGUCACAAACGUGCGUUCGGAUCUGUGUCGUUAGGUAGGCGUCCCCGCGACGCGUCGCAGGUACGUCUGUGGCGCCACAUGGGCUUCCAGCAGAUUAAUGGAUCAUUGCCCCCCCCCCAUCCCGUUCACCCCCUCCCCCCCUCCACACCCGUCACGCUGAACGCCACGGCGUGCACGGUUAGCGCGGGAAAAUUGCAUGCAACAUGCAUAACA